GGAGAGUGACAGAAGAGAGAGGCUCUCUGAUAAAAGAACUGAGACCAGAAAUCAGCCACCGGUGGAGGGAAACUUUUCUAUUUCUUCUCCUUCUUUUUCUGCAGUUUUUGGGGAGUUACUGCACUGAUCUGCUUUCACAGUUAAACAGGUGAACUGAAGAGCCACAUGAACUUGUUGAAACACUUGAUGCAAUUUGGUUUUUGGGUGGUUUUUCGGAUUGCAUUGCAUUUUUUUUUUCUUCUAAUUUAGCUCCAAGUUUUUAUUUUUUAUUUUUAUGUAAUCCGGUCCUGCUGCUGAUCAUCUGACUUGCCAAUUUGGAAUAACCCUUCAUGGAGACUUUUUAGACCCCUACUUUUUGGAGCCAUUUUUUCAAGUGUAUCGCUUCUGCACCCAAAACUGACUGAACUUACUGACUGAUCUCUCUGUUCUCAGCUGCAUGUCAACACGCGCUGGAGGCUGAAGAAGAAAAGCUCGCUGUGAAGCACUUCUCAACCUGGUCUGGGGAUUUCAAACCACUCUCGUAGGAUUACAAGAAGAUUGGGUGGAACUCCUCUUAACAUGGACUUCAAAUCAGCAGCGGACUUUAAGGGUGAUGACGAAUAAUCGAGGUUGUUCCUCUCCAUGAGCAUGCCGUAGUGCGACACAGCAGUGGAUGAUGUGAUGAUGGUUCUGCUGCCCGUGCCAUGCUGAGAGGGAGGUUAGCUCUCGCGAGUGUGUAUCUGUUUUUCGUCUGUCUGCUCGGACUGAUGCACCAAUCAGCCGCCAGAGCCUGCUCUCCAGACACCCUCACAAAGGUCCGGAAUCUCAUCACAGAAACUCCAGCCAUGAAAGAGAAGUUGAACUGCAGUCUGUACACGCCCACCGCCCAAGACUACAAGCAGACAUGCCCUAAGUCCACCCUGAAAUGUUUCACUAACGAAACCAAAGUUCUCAUUGAAGAGUGGGUGGCCAUCAAUUUCGGACCCAUCAGCACCUUGAGAAAAGUCCACAGGAAUCUUCAAAUUCUAUCAGCAAAGUUUAACCAGCCGGAGUCAGAGUGCCGUCAGUGUGAAUUCCUCAACGAGAAAAAUGCAGAAGAGUUCCUGGAGCAACUUGCGGUGACUCUUCAGACGAUGAACUCUGAGUACUGCUAAGGACUUAAGGACUUUAAAAAAAAAAAAAAAGACACUUCAUUACCUUUUUCUCCUCUUCAUGAACUUUUCAUAUCACCUGAACACGAAUAAAGUGCGCCAUGCAAGAUGUC